AUGGAACCUCACUACGACUACAACUACAUCUACAACGACUUGACCUAUACACACCAUGACCAGUCCACAUACUCACCGUCAGGUCACUACUACGACCAGCAGUACACCUCCUCCUCCUCCUCUUUCGCCCACCAGCAGCAGCUUCAGCUUCAUUUCGGGGGCGCCAUUGACGACUACCAUGACUAUGACAUGGACCAGUUCAAGCUCAGUGCCCUCGUGGAAGUCGCCUCCACCUCCACCUCUAUUCUGCCAACCACAAACCCCGGCCAGGCACGGGAGGAGCAGGGCGUCGCCAAUUACCAGCGCCGCCGCGAGCCCACGGAGCCGCACCAUCGUGCGGCGGAGGAGGAGCCGCUCAUCGGGGUGCGCAAGCGACCCUGGGGCAAGUACGCGGCGGAGAUCCGGGACUCCACGCGCAACGGGGCCCGCGUCUGGCUCGGAACCUUCGACACACCUCAAGCCGCCGCUCUCGCGUAUGACCAGGCGGCCUUCGCCCUCCGUGGCGCGAACGCCGUGCUCAACUUCCCCGUCAGCUGCGUGGAGAAGUCGCUCAGCGGACUGGGCCUGGGCGUCGCCACCGCGGGGGAGGCCGGAGACUCACCGGCUCUAGCGCUGAAGCGGCGGCAUUGCAUCAGGAAGCGCAAGCCCAAGAACGACAAGAUGAGCGCGGCUGUGGGGGGGAGGAAGCAGAGCCCGCAGCAGGAGGCAGCCGGUGCAUCGGCUUCCUGUGUGCUGGAGCUGGAGGACCUGGGUGCUGACUACCUCGACGAGCUUAUGCGGUUAACC